AUGUGUCUGCAUUCAUGCCUUCAUGCAGGAGCCUCUGAAACAGAGAGAAGGCUUCAUCAGAAGCUAUUUGAAAACUACAACAUGAAAGUGAGACCAGCUCGUUACUGGGAGGAUAAGGUGACGGUGCGGGUGGGGAUGACCCUCUCUCAGCUUGUCAGCUUGAAUGAGAAGAACGGCGAGAUGACGACUAACGUGUUCAUGAAUCUGGAAUGGACAGACUACAGGCUGUCCUGGAACCCAGCUGAAUAUGACGACAUUAAUGUUCUGAGAAUUCCUCCCAACAAGGUGUGGCGACCUGACAUCUACCUCAUAAACAAUAAUGACGGCCAGUUUGAUGUGGCUCUGUACGUCAAUGUCUUGAUUUACAGUGACGGCACUGUUAACUGGCUUCCACCCGCCAUCUACCGCAGUUCCUGCUCUAUAGAGGUGGCGUACUUCCCAUUUGACUGGCAAAACUGCAGCAUGAUUUUCCGCUCGUACACCUAUGAUUCCUCUGAGGUUGACCUGCAAUACUUUCUGGAUGAUGACGGCAAAGAGAUCCAAGAGAUUGUAAUAGAUGAGAACGCUUUCACUGAGAAUGGUGAAUGGGCCAUUUGUCACAAACCAACAAGAAAGAACGUUAAGGAGGACCUGUAUGAGGACAUCACCUUCUAUCUCAUCAUAGAGAGGAAGCCUCUUUUCUACAUCAUCAACAUCAUUGUGCCCUGUAUCCUCACCAGCGUGUUGGCUAUAUUUGUCUUCUACCUGCCUCCUGGAGCAGGAGAGAAAAUGACUCUUUCCAUUUCCGUCCUCAUUGCUCUGACUGUCUUCAUGUUGCUGCUGGCUGACAGGGUCCCAGAGACUUCCCUCGGCAUCCCAAUUAUUGUCAACUACGUCAUGUUCACUAUGAUCUUGGUGACCUUCUCUGUCAUCCUAAGUGUGGUAGUCCUCAACCUGCAUCACCGAACACCUAGCACACACAUCAUGCCAAGCUGGGUCCGAAAGGUGUUCAUACAUUUCCUGCCUAAAUACAUUGGCAUGAUGAGGCCAAAACCAGAGGAACCCUUUUUGGAAGAGGAAUCUUCUGAUGACACACCUAUUCAAAGCUACAAUGGGCGACAGCCGGGAGGAGAGUAUUUCAUUCGCAAGAUCAACCCUGAUCUUGUCUUACCUUGGCGAGGCAGGUGUGAGAGCACAGUACAGCUCCAGAGAGUCCCCAACACUGACAGUUUCUGUCUGAUCCUCCCUCCCAAUCUGAAGUCAGCCAUCGCUGCUGUGACAUACAUGGCCGAGCAGCUGAAGAAGCAGGACACGGAUGACUCGCUGACAGGAGACUGGCAGUUCAUCGCCCUGGUGGUGGACCGUCUCUUCUUGUGGUUGUUUGUCAUCAUCACCACCCUGGGAACUCUGGCUAUGUUCCUGGAUGCCAGUUUCAAUUACACACCUGACAACCCCUUCCCAUAGUGGAUUCCAUAUGCACAGCAGCUGGAGUUUGAUUCAUUGUUGCCACUUUACUUCUACUUCUUGUUGGUGCUUUCCGA